AUGCAAACUCUAAAAUGUGUUGUUGUCGGUGAUGGUGCUGUUGGAAAAACAUGCCUAUUAAUCUCCUAUACAACGAAUCAAUUUCCAGCCGACUAUGUUCCAACAGUGUUUGAUAAUUAUGCGGUAACUGUGAUGAUUGGUGAUGAACCAUACACACUAGGUUUGUUUGAUACGGCCGGUCAAGAAGACUAUGAUCGAUUGAGGCCCCUGUCAUACCCUUCCACCGAUGUAUUUUUGGUCUGUUUCAGUGUAAUUUCCCCACCAUCUUUUGAAAACGUUAAAGAAAAAUGGUUCCCUGAAGUACAUCACCAUUGUCCCGGUGUACCAUGCCUGGUUGUGGGCACGCAAAUCGAUUUGAGAGAUGACAAAGUAAUUAUCGAGAAGUUACAAAGACAAAGAUUACGUCCUAUUACAUCAGAACAGGGUUCCAGACUAGCAAGAGAACUGAAAGCAGUAAAAUACGUCGAAUGUUCGGCAUUAACACAACGUGGUCUGAAGAACGUAUUCGAUGAAGCUAUCGUGGCUGCCUUAGAACCUCCUGUUAUCAAGAAAAGUAAAAAAUGUACAAUUUUGUAG